UCCGGCCUCAGCAGCCCCGGGGUAGCUUCACCCUGUCUGUGUUCUGCAGCGGGUUAAGGAAAGCCGCCCUGUGGGGCACUAGCGAGGAGGCCAUCGCUAUGGUGACGGAGCAGGAAGUGGAGGCCAUAGGGAAGACCCUGGUGGACCCCAAGCAGCCGCUGCAGGCCCGCUUCCGGGCCCUGUUCACUCUGCGGGGACUCGGUGGCCCGCACGCUAUUGCCUGGAUCAGCCGAGGCUUCGAGGACAGUUCUGCCCUGUUGAAGCACGAGCUGGCUUACUGCCUGGGCCAGAUGCAGGACUCGCGCGCCAUCCCAGUGCUGGUGGGUGUGCUGUGCGACAGGAACCAAGAGCCCAUGGUGCGCCAUGAGGCUGGGGAAGCACUAGGGGCCAUCGGUAACCCGGAAGUUCUAGACCUUCUGAAGCAGUAUUCUACCGACCCUGUGGUUGAGGUGGCCGAGACAUGUCAGUUGGCAGUUGGGUUUCUGGAGUGGCUGCAGCGGGACCCCGGGGAGGCUGCCAGUUCAGGACCCUACCUCUCUGUGGACCCGGCACCCCCUGCGGCAGAGCGGGAUGUGGGGCGGCUGCGGGAGACCCUGCUGGACGAGGCACGGCCACUCUUCGAGCGGUACCGUGCCAUGUUCGCCCUACGCAACGUUGGUGGCAAAGAGGCGGCCUUGGCCCUGGCUGAAGGCCUACACUGUGGCAGCGCGCUCUUCCGCCACGAAGUGGGUUAUGUGCUGGGCCAGCUGCAGCACGAGGCAGCCGUUGGAGAGCUGGCGGCCACACUGGCGCGGACCACCGAGAGCGCCAUGGUGCGGCAUGAGUGCGCGGAGGCCCUGGGUGCCAUCGCCAGGCCUGCUUGCCUGACGGCGCUGCGAGCUCAUGCCACCGACACCGAGCGCGUGGUGAGGGAGAGCUGCGAGGUGGCAUUGGAUAUGUAUGAGCAUGAGUGCCGCCAGGACUUCCAGUACGCUGAUGGACUGGAGCGCCUGCGGCCGCCGCCGCCACAGCCACACCCAGAGCAGCACCCAGGACUCCACUGUCAUGCGACUUCUGCUGUGGCUCCUUGCCACCCUGGUCCAGGGUUCUGUGGGCCAUGCCCCAGGGCUCUCUGCCCUGCGGAGACUGCCGGCUGCGCCUACAUUCCAGACUUAGGAGACUUUGUUUCCUGCCUCUCGCCUGCCUUGCUGGGUGUUGGUGCACAGUGCGCCCUCCUGGUGCUGUCCACCUGGGACUUUUAUCACCUGUGCCCGCUCCAGACUGACACCCCGGUGUAGAAGCUUUCGGAUGAUGUGGGGACCCAGGGUUGGUGACUGCUUCUGACUUCACGGGGCUAGAGGCAGUGAGUGCGGCGCUUCACGCCCAGCCAUUAGGAAGUACAAGCCGAGCCCAGGGUGCUGCACAAAUAAAUUAUUUUUGACAAGA